AUGUGUUCCAAUGGAGUAUACCAAUUAAAAAACAUUUUAUUAAGGUAUAGUGAGACUGGUCAUAGUAGUAGGAAUGUUCGUUUUUUCUUAAGAUAUCUGUUACAAGAAUAUAAAGAAGAAAACAAACAUUUAAAUUUCGAAAUUCAUCAUGAGCAAUAUGAAGAACCCAAAGUUAUAUUUGAAUAUAUAAAUAAUACAAAAUAUGAAAUAUCUUUAAAAGAUAUAAAAUCAAAACAUAUUGUUGAUAUAAUUAAUUUAUAUAAAGACAGUGCUGGAAAUAAUGACUACCUAAAGCACGGGGGUCCAAAGGUAUACUCAAACAGGAGAAGCAUACAGGGUUUGUGGUGUCCCAACAUUUACAGCGAACUAAAUGCUAUCUCAUACUUGAAAAAGAAAAAAAAGAACAACAUAAAAUUACCAAAAUAUACGAGAGAAAGCUUAAACUUAAAUCAUGAUGUCAUAAAAGGAUAUGGAAGGUGGGGAAAUGAAAAUUUAUUCCCAAAAGGUUUUGAUCAGAGAUAUUUAAAAAAUAUUUUCUGUUUCCCUUUUAAGGAUAGUUUACCAAAAAAAAUGGAGCAAAAUAAUGCUGUCGAAUCAAAAGAGGCACAAAUUAAUUCGUUUUAUAAAUUUUACAAAAAUUAA